UAAUUUACAAAAAUAUAUUAAGAGUUAAGGAAAUCGCGUACAAGUGAGAGCCGACGUAGUCCCGUAAAUCAUUCGUUCCCCCUCACUUCCGAGCCAAUGAUUCAUCAUCUGACGAAAAUAUAAACAUCGUUAUAACCUCCAAAAUGCCGACCGCCGAGAGGAAUGCGCCAAAUAUUUUAGUUACUGGAACUCCUGGAGUUGGAAAAAGCUUGUUAUGUCAAGAAUUGGCAGGAAAGACUGGAUUGAUUUGGCUUGACGUUAGUAAAAUCGCAGUUGAAAAUAAAUGUUUAGAAGAGUUCGAUGAAGUAUAUCAAUGUCCGGUGUUGGAUGAAGAUAAGUUACUUGACGGAAUGGAAGACUUAAUGAGCGAAGGUGGAAACAUUGUAGAUUAUCACGGAGCUGACUUCUUUCCAGAAAGAUGGUUUGAUAUUGUUUUUGUUUUAAGAACGGAUAAUACGAUUUUAUACGAUCGUCUUGCUGCAAGGGGUUAUUCGGGAAAAAAAUUGGAAGAUAACAUUGAUUGUGAAAUAUUUCAAACGAUACUUGAAGAGGCUAGAGAGUCGUACAGAGAGGAAAUCGUUCAUGAAUUACAAAGUAACACUCCUGAAGAACUCCAUGAAAAUGUAAAUAGGAUAUGUCAGUGGCUUCAACAAUGGAAACUAGAUAAUAAAUAAAUACUUUUUAUUUUGAA